AUGUCACAUCUCUUUGUCCCGUCUCUGCCUUCUUCCGUUCCCACAUCUCAACUCCAACGCGGCCUGUUCGCCGCUUCAACGACACAUGUAGCACACUUAGCCGAGAUGUUCAAUGCUUUGGCAGCUAUUGAUCGAUAUGCGCUCAUUACAAUAGGCGCAGAUGGUAUUUCGGUGUUCACGGAACACAACCAUAUCCUCAAUGCACUUGCUAAUUUCGAAGCCACGUUGUUUUCGACAUAUAAGUUUGAUUUCUCCUCUCAAUCGAGCGUUUUGUUGGGUGUAGAUAUACUUCUAUUGAGCGAGCUGUUUGCGGCAGCAGCUUCCACUGUAGUUCCUAAAGCCAAAUCGACGUCCGGAGGCCCUGCCCAGCAGCCGCUCGUGGAAUCUGUGGUUUGCUAUUUGAAAUACGAGGACGAAGGUAGCCCGCUUAUUGUAGAAUUCGAGGAUCAACUCAUAGUGGAACGGUUGGAGUUCAGUACCUUCAAUCUAGACCUAGAGAACCCUUACUCUAGAGAGGCCGAACUGGAAGACUUGGGCGGGCUCAUAGUCAAUUCGGCCAUGCUACAAUUUGCAGUUAUUAUAAAAAGUGAUAUUUUCCAUAACUUGCUUCAAGAUAUACAGGUUCUAGAUACCGAGGAAUUAUACAUGUUCGUGAGCAAUGUGGACGACGAAGACCUGCUAAACUUCGUCUCCAAAAGUGUCUUGGGUUACUCGAAGCUAAUAUAUCCAAACGCAAAGUCGUCUUUACAGAAGUUAGAGGUCUACUCUGAGUCUAUGGAGCAGAUCGCAUCGAGUGUGGUGUCCGUGCUAAAUUUCCAAGUAUUUGUCAAGAUCCUUCGGGCUGUGAAACAAUCCGUGAAGUGCAAAUUAAUAAAAGAUUCCGAGGGAGUCAUUUCGGUGCAACUUUUGUGUAAAAAUGUCAACUGUGCUGGAUACCCUGGUACCAUGGUCACAUUCAAUAUGUUGGAGAAAACCACAAUGCCAACAGAGGCUACUGCGGCUGAAAUUGCUCGGGCCUUCGAUGAGGGUGCAUGUGAGUAUAUCAAAGAAUAUACUGUUCUGAGCGGAGGAGCAGCGCCAAAACCGCAGCUCGCGAUCGCCGAUGUUCCAAAUCCAUCUGCACCUGGUCUAUCUUAUGCAUCGUUCAAAAAGGGUGAUGACCAGGCCACAGAAACAAAACGGAACGAAGUACAGCCCAAUUCUGAGAGUAGUUCUGGCUCUGGUGGGUCUCUCUUUCAACUCUUCUUCUAG